AUGGACAACCCCUUGGACCAAACGACACUAUCGACCAUUUCGCUGCUCGAAUCGCGGCUGCUACGCGUCGAGCACCUCCUAUAUGGCUCGUCAACACCGCCUGCGCAACACGAAUCGGUACUGCGGCAAAUGGCCGAGCUGGAGAAGCGCUUCUCAAUAUUGACCUCGCGGAUCCGCGUCUACGGCGACCUCGUCAAGAUCUACAAAGCACGCCCCGACUUCUUUCAGACCCCCGCCGCGAGCCAGCCGCCCACGCAGCUGCCCAUUGACGCCGUCCGCGCCAUCGUGCUAUCGGCGGCGCCGUCUUUCCCCGCGACCGUGUCCGCGCUGACAGCUGUGCAGGACACGCCGGUACCGGACCCGGCGGAGAGCGCGGCACUGGUGGCGCUGACGGGCCGCCUGCGUGCCGCCGAGGCCGCGCAGCGCGCGCAGGAGGCCGAGGUGGCCGAGCUGCGCGGGCGCAGCGAAGCGGCGCUGCGGACGUGGUACGAGGGCGGCCUACUACCCACCUCGGACGGCACGUCCAGGGUAGAGGCGCGCGUAGGCAUGGUCGAGCGACGGGUACGGCGCAAGGAGCGGGAGCGGGAGCUGGAAAAGGAGAUUUGA